AUAUGCUGCCCUCCUAAGGUGUUGCAGGUGGAUAUUUUCACCAGAGGGACACGCUGACCUGCUACACCGGUUCAUUGUGUGAACACAUCCGAACAAGGCUGGCGUGGUUCUGACAGACCCAGAUGAGCUAACAACAUGUCCGACAGACUCGAGCCAUGGGCAUGGGUGGUGGUAGUGGCGUCGCUUUGUGCUCUUUUCCUCAACACGAGCCUAUCCAGUAUUGCUGGCGUCAUGCACGUGGCGCUUCUCGAGACGUUUCAAGAUGACCUCACACUGACGUCAUGGGUUGGCUCUCUCUACUCCUGCAUGUUUGCCCUUUCAGGUCCCGUGGCCAGCUUCAUCAUCAACAGAUGGAACUGUCGGUGUUGUGUCAUAGUAAGCGGUGUGCUUGGCCUCGUUGGGUUUGCUUCCAGUAGCCUCGCUGAUGACAUACGCUGGCUCUUCCUCACAUACGCGCUGAUGGCGGGACUUGGCCAAGGAUUGUGCUACACUGGCUGCCUCGUGUUACUAGGGUUUUACUUCAAGAAGCGGACAAGCCUAGCCACGGGGAUAGGAAUAGUUGGCAUUGGCAUCGGCAACUUUCUUCUGCCCCCCUCUCACCAGUACCUAGUGGAUGAGUAUGGACUCAAAGGGGCCUUCCUUCUCCUGGGAGCACUGACCUUUCAGUCUUGUGUGUGUGGUUUUCUCAUGAGACCAUCCCAACACGAGCGUCAAAGACACGUGAGGUAUCAAGAAGACGGAGAAGCCAACCAAGAGAACCUAGCCUCAAGAUGUCAAUCCUGCUUCAACCAAGUCCGCUCAUGCUCUAUACCACACUUCCUAAACAUGGCCUUUUCUUUGUAUCUGUUAAGCGUUAUGACCUUCACAAUUGGAAACUCGACCUUGAAGCUGUACUUCCCUGAUUUUGUGAUGAAACAAGGGGCGACCUUCCAACAUGCGUCGUCGCUAGUGUCAGUUAUCGGUGUCGGCAGCAUUGUGUCCAGGAUCUGCCUCGGAUUUGCUGCAACAGACCCCAAGAUUGGACCGUCGCUUCUGUACUCUGGGGUCAAUGGUCUCACUGGUGUCCUUGUGUUCUUCAUACACCCCUUAACUCGAACGUCUGUGUUGAGGAUAAUAUUUUCCUUUUGUUAUGGAGUAUAUAAUGGCGGCAUAUGGACCCUUUUUAACCCAAUAACAUACGCCAUUGUGGGAGUUCAUCAUCUAGCAUCCGCCAUGGGUUGGGUGAUGUUUACGUGCGGGAUGGGGUACCUCAUCGGAGGGCCCAUAGCAGGAAUGCUGUAUGAGGCGACGGGAGACUAUCAGACUGCCUUCAUAUUUUCAGCUUCGUCUUUUCUUUUGGCCUCCAUACUUGGUUUACUGAUGAACUGUGCAAGGUCAGAACAUCCGGACUUGGAGACAACACUUACUUCCACCCUACCGGAAAGAGAGGCCUUGAAAUCUUAGAUAAAGCCAACGCUUGUGUUGGAGAACUGAACUCCUUGUUAGUUAAUCAGUACACAGUGGAACCUUGCAAGUUACCCAUAUUUUAUUUAAUCUGGACACUUAUUAAUCUGGAAAUCCCACCUAAUGGUUGAUUCGCAUUAUCUUUAUACCAUGAAACAUUUAAUCAGUAGGCACACUGCAAUCAUGGGUUCAACUGUGCAAUUGUGCUUGUGUACAGUGACGAUGAUAAAAAGGGAAUAAAGAAUUACUGCAAGGAC